AUGCGCUUUACGUUUCUUGCCUCGACAAUUGUUACGUCUGUCUCUGUGCUUGCAGCACCAACCGGUCUGCACUCCAGAACCGACGUGCUGGUGGAGCCUCGGGCAGCUCUCGCUAAGCCAGCGCCAUGUGUGCGCGAUCCCAGUGCCACAGAAAUGCAGAACAAAGCUCGGUUUAAUACUUUUGUGCAGGCUUUGAUCUACAAGCCUGAUAUCACUGAGGCGUUUUCAUAUGUUGCCCAGGACUAUGUUAACCACGGCAUUCCAUUGUUGAAUGGAUUUGACACCGGAUGGGAUGUUUUUUCUCUCACUUGGGACCUGUCAAGUAUCACGCCACUGGGCUCAACGUUCCAGUAUCCUCAGGGCUGGGUGAAAUAUAAAAAGCAGUUUAGAGAGGUCGUUGAGCGGUUCCGUAUGGAUGGCGGAUGCAUUGUUGAGCACUGGGUUCAGAACGAAGAAGUCCCACUGAAUGCAAUGACAGUGAAGAGAUCACACUCAAACCCUAUCACCCAUUGCUGUGCCGCUUAA